AGAGGACCACCAUUUUACUCCCACUACUCAAAACGUUAAAUUCGAAUUUAUCUCAUUAUCCCCACGUUGUCUUAUACAUUUAUUUAAUCAAAUUCAAUUUAAUUCAAUUUCGAGGCCAAAACUCGACGGAAGGGUUUAUUUUUACCGGGAAACCUUUUCAGUCGCCAUCUGAAUUGCGGUUGACUGACGUCUCAGUCAAGCCCCCGCGCUCUGCUGCUUUCUUCCUUCCUUCCCGGGCCUCUUUUGUUCUAUCGGGUUGUCCACAAGGCAGACAUCAAUCAAGGCAGGGUGUCUUACGCUAUCGCGGAUAAGUGGCAUCUGAUGGUUCAGUAGAGCCCAGUAUUACUGAUUGCAUCCAAGAGAAGAAUACAGGGGGCUUCUCUCAAGAUCCUGAAGUUAAAAUUAUUGUCUUUUUGUGAACUCUGUACGAAUGAAAAUGGAGUUCACAUUUAGGAAGGUCCUAUUAUUUUCACUGUUCUCCCUAGUUCUGUUUGGAUAUGCUACAUCAGAGUUGGAAAAUGAAGUUUCACAAAAGCUGAGAUCUCCUCCACACAAAAAUGUGAGAAGUAAUGUUAUUGAUGGCACUGGUCAGGAGAGUUCCUUAAAUUUUGAGGUUUCUAAAAAUGGACUGGGUGAGGCGAAGAGCGCAAACAGCAAAGUCUCGUCUACUGUUGCGUUAUUUACGUUGGCAAUGGCUGCUGCUACAGGUUUAGGUGCGGUCCCAUUCUUCUUUGUUGAGCUUGAUCCACAAUGGGCGGGAUUAUGCAAUGGUAUGGCAGCUGGUGUAAUGUUGGCUGCAAGCUUCGAUCUUAUACAGGAAGGGCAAGGUCAUGGUGCUGGGAACUGGGUCGUUCAUGGGCUUUUAGCUGGGGGCCUUUUUAUUUGGCUGUGCAAGCAGUUUCUUGAACACUAUGGAGAGGUUAGUAUGUUAGACAUCAAAGGUGCAGAUGCAACUAAAGUCGUUCUUGUGAUUGGAAUAAUGACUCUUCAUUCGUUCGGAGAGGGUUCUGGUGUUGGGGUUUCCUUUGCUGGCUCAAAGGGUUUCUCUCAGGGACUUUUGGUAACUUUGGCUAUUGCUGUACACAACAUACCAGAAGGCUUAGCUGUGAGUAUGGUGCUUGCAUCCAGGGGUGUUUCUCCGCAAAAUGCCAUGUUAUGGAGCGUGAUUACAUCAUUACCACAGCCCCUUGUAGCAGUUCCUUCUUUCAUCUGCGCUGAUGCAUUUAGCAAGUUUCUUCCUUUCUGUACGGGCUUUGCUGCUGGAUGUAUGAUCUGGAUGGUUGUUGCUGAGGUGCUUCCUGAUGCAUUUAAGGAAGCCUCUCCAUCGCAGGUUGCAUCAGCAGCCACUCUCUCUGUAGCAUUCAUGGAAGCUCUUAGCACUCUUUUUCAGAAUUUCACCCAUGAUUACAACUCAGAGGAUGCUUCUGGCUUCUUUGUCUCAUUACUUUUUGGUCUUGGACCAUUACUCGGUGGCACUGUUCUUGUUGCAUUUGCUUUAGCUUUUCAUCUUCAGCAUGCUCUUCUCAUGGGUGCAGCAUCUGGCAUUGCCUUUGUUCUUGGUGCCUGGAGACCAUUGCAGCUACUUUUUUCGUUAAAGAUGGGAUUUCUAUCUACUAUAUUUCUGCUUGCAAUGGGAGCUGGAUCCGUCCAUAUUUUGAGCUCCAGUAUUUUGAAGCUCGCAGGUCGCAAAAAAACUUCAGUUCAAAACUUACCCACAGCAAAUGGUUUUCCAGUAAGCAUUCACACCCUCCAGGCAUUCUUGUCAUGUGGAGCUGUUGCCUUCCAUGCUUUGGCUGAAGGGCUUGCACUAGGGGUUGCUGCACCAAAAGCUUAUGGACUUGGUCGGCACAUGGUCCUUCCUGUCUCCCUACAUGGACUCCCUCGAGGUGCAGCUGUGGCUAGCUGCAUCUUUGGGGCUACUGAUAACUGGCAUGCGGCCCUUGUGGCGGCUGCUUUAAUUGGAUUUGUGGGUCCAAUAUCAGCAAUAGGAGCAAUACUUGCAGGAAUUGACUAUAGCGGAUUAGACCAUGUGAUGGUUUUUGCUUGUGGGGGACUGCUCCCAAGUUUUGGAAAUGUAGUAAAGAGAGCAGUGAAGUUGGAUGUGCGGAAAAGUAGCUGCGGGAUUUUGAUUGGUGUGGCAUUUGCAACUCUGUGCUUGACAUGCACAAAGUUGGUGUGCUUGCACACACCUUACUGUAAUUCUGCACCGGAGGCUGUUAGAUGAGAUUCUCUAGUGCUGCAGCUGGUCAAUGUAAUUGCUUAGGUGCCUUUGCAUGGUUGUGAGGGGUUGAAGUACAAGGCAUAUAAGUUUGGCACCUGUGCCCCGGAAAGUAUACCGCUGAAAAAUCGAAGAGAUGCUGCGAGGACGGAGGAGCAACAUUAGAGGCAGGUUUUAGAGGAGGUUGUAACGUCUUUUUCGUGAUAAACUAUGUUCAUUUAUAUUGCAGAAAAGAAUGAGGAACUGGAUUGAUCCCUUUGACCCUGAAAUUUUACAUGGAACGACAGAAAAAAGCCUGAUAUAGGGUGUUAGAGACAA